AGGCCAUUACUCCCUUGUUUCAAUUGAUUGAUUUAGUAACAUUUUUGGGAGAAAUUCAAAUGUACUCUUACUCUAUCUAAAUUAUACAACUAAAAAAGUGAGUGUCGUUAUUGUUACAUUUCACGAGGAAGAUAAUAAAUUUCAUCCAGAUUAAUCUCAUCCCAAAUUGUCCAAAUUAAACAAAUGGUGUUUCUAAAUUAUGUCAAUCAUUUAUAGUGUUAGUAUUGAUUUGAUUGAGUCAAAGAUCCGAACAAUUCACAGUAUUUGAUUGAGACUAUUAGAAAAUAUUAAAAAAUAGAUAGACCGUUAAAGAAAGAAAUUUGACUCCUAUCAGAGGAAAAAAAAAAGUAAGAAGGAAAUUUGACACUUCAAAAAGAAAAGAAAAUUUAUAUUUCCCAUGCAUGCAAAAACCUCCCCUUAACCAGAAACAGCAAUAGUAAUCGAUCGAUCUCCACCACUUCCAUUUCCAUUCCUAACUUUUCUAUACAAACCCUUCUCUCUCUCUCUCUCUCUCUCUCUCUCUCUCUCUCUCUCUGAUUACACCCAAAUGUCAGGCCAACAAAUCGAUAGCCACAGAGAAGACGCCGAGAUCUAUCACGGCGAAGCCCUAUGCAAGCAGAAGUCCCACGAGUUGCUCGACAAAAUGAGCCUGCCGCGUGCUCUCCUGCCCUUAGACGAUGUCCUAGAGUUCGGUUACAACCACACCUCCGGAUUCGUAUGGCUCAAGCAGAAGAAGAAGAAAGAGCACCGGUUCCAGGCCAUUGGCAAAAUGGUGUCGUACGACACGGAGGUGACGGGCUUCGUCGAAGAGCAUCGGAUGAGGAGGCUCUCUGGGGUCAAAAGUAAGGAGCUUUUGAUUUGGGUCUCGAUUUCGGAUAUCUACGUGGACCCGAAUUCGAAUCCGGAUAAGAUCACGUUCGCCAACGGCACCGGGAUCUCAAGGUCGUUCCCUGUCACGGCCUUUGGGCUUGAAGAAGAAGAGAAGAAUGCUGAUGGGAAAAAAUGAAAGGCUUUUCUCUUUUUGGUCGAAGAAAAAAAUGAAAUAUUGAAUAACUUUUAUUUUGUUUUUUUGUUUUCAAUUCAUUUAAUAUGUGAUUACUUGUUACAGUUUCAU